AUCUUGGCUGUAUCACGCAGCAGUUAGACUUGCCUUUGGGUGAGCCCCUUGGAUCUUUUAGAUGCCUCGCCCUUGAGAAGUAAAAGACACAUUCUUAACUGAAGUUUUCACCGCUAGUGACUGCUACUCAAACUCAAGCCCGAACCGCGAAGAGUCUCAAAACUGCGUCUUGAGGUUCGUGUCUCACUGUUUGCCCAUGCUGUGACCCCCUCCGUCUCCAUCGGUCACUGAGUGAGCUCCCUGUCUCCCGGCCUGAGAGGAGGAUUCUGGAAAUUUUUUUUCAUUGUCUGAAAUUUGUUUGUACCUCAGUUUCCCCCAGAUGUAAGCCUACAGCUGUGUGUGUAAGAGACCUCUGACGGUCACGAUCAAAAGCGUCUAGUAAUUUUCCAUGUGUGUGUUUGAUCUCCUCGGGCCCCAGACCCUCUCCUUGAAGGAGCUGGCCUUGACAGUGACUCUGGCAGGCAGCCGCCCAGAGUCGGGGUCCCCUGCUGAGCCCAGUAACUCUAACCUGGCCGGAGCAGCACUGAAGGGCCACUCUUCAAAGAGCCCCUUUGAAGCGCAAACAUUUCCUUUCCUGGGAAGAAGGGAAAUUGCAAUGAAAACUUAUUGUUCUGUGCAGACAAUGUGCCCUCCGAUCAAAGAGGCAGCGGGGUUUAUAAAGGUAGACUCGGAGAUGAGACCUGGACGCCAUCCCGUGUGUCUGUCACCGUGGAAGGGAGCACUGAGGGUCUCUAAGGGCCCUGAAGCUGCCACAGACUCCGCCGUGACCUGUUGUCAUCUGGGCGCCAGUCAUCCUCAGUGAGAAGGGCCGGGAACCUUACUCCAGGUUUGCUCAGCCACCCACGAUGGGUUGCAAAAAGCUGUUCGGCCUGGGUCAGCAGAUGCUGCGCCGGAAGGUGGUGGACUGCAGCCGGGAGGAGAGCCGGCUGUCUCGCUGCCUCAACACCUUUGACCUGAUAGCUCUCGGGGUGGGCAGCACCUUGGGUGCUGGUGUCUACGUCCUGGCCGGUGCGGUGGCCCGGGAGGACGCCGGUCCCGCCAUCGUCAUCUCCUUCCUCAUCGCCGCCCUGGCCUCGGUGCUGGCUGGCCUGUGCUACAGCGAGUUCGGAGCCAGGGUCCCCAAGACGGGCUCAGCCUACCUCUACAGCUACGUGACGGUCGGGGAGCUCUGGGCCUUCGUCACCGGCUGGAACCUGAUUCUCUCCUACAUCAUUGGUACGUCAAGUGUGGCGAGAGCCUGGAGUGGGACUUUUGACGAGCUGAUAGGCAAACCCAUUGGAGAGUUCUCACGGCAUCACAUGGCCCUGAAUGCCCCUGGAGUGCUGGCCCAAAAUCCUGACAUAUUAGCUGUGAUUAUAAUUCUCAUCUUAACAGGAUUGUUAACUCUUGGUGUGAAAGAAUCAGCCAUGGUCAACAAAAUAUUCACCUGCAUUAACGUUCUGGUCCUGUGCUUCAUCAUGGUGUCGGGGUUCGUGAAAGGGUCCAUUAAAAACUGGCAGCUGACGGAGGAGGACUUCUUGAAUAGAUCUAGCCCUCUCUGUGGGAACAAUGACACAGACCUGAAACACGGUGAGGGCGGCUUCAUGCCCUUUGGAUUCUCUGGCGUCCUGUCAGGGGCAGCGACCUGCUUCUAUGCCUUCGUGGGCUUUGACUGCAUCGCCACCACAGGGGAAGAAGUCAAGAACCCCCAGAAGGCCAUCCCCGUGGGCAUCGUGGCGUCCCUCCUCAUCUGCUUCGUAGCUUACUUCGGGGUGUCCGCAGCCCUCACGCUCAUGAUGCCUUACGCCUGCCUGGACACCGACAGCCCACUGCCCGGCGCCUUCAAGUACAGUGACUGGGAAGGAGCCAAGUACGCGGUGGCUGUCGGCUCCCUCUGUGCACUUUCCGCCAGUCUCCUAGGCUCCAUGUUUCCCAUGCCCCGAGUUAUCUACGCCAUGGCUGAAGACGGACUACUGUUUAAAUAUUUGGCCAGAGUCCACGAGAGGACCAAAACACCAGUAAUCGCUACGGUGACCUCAGGCGCCAUUGCUGCUGUGAUGGCCUUCCUCUUUGAAUUGAAGGACCUGGUAGACCUCAUGUCCAUUGGCACUCUCCUGGCCUACUCUUUGGUGGCUGCCUGUGUGUUGGUGUUAAGGUACCAGCCAGAACAACCUAACCUGGUAUACCAGAUGGCCAGAACCACCGAUGAGUUAGAUCACGUAGACCAGAAUGAGCUGGUCAGUGCCAGUGAUUCCCAGACAGGCUUUUUACCGGUAGCCGAGAAGUUUUCUCUGAAAACCGUACUCUCCCCCAAGAAUAUGGAGCCAUCCAAAUUCUCAGGGCUAAUUGUGAAUGUGUCAGCCAGCCUCCUAGCUGUUCUUAUCAUCAUCGUGUGCAUUGUGGCUGUGCUUGCAAGAGAGGCUCUGGCCGAAGGGACGCUGUGGGCAGUCUUUCUCAUGACAGGCUCAGUCCUCCUCUGCAUGCUGGUGACAGGCAUCAUCUGGAGGCAGCCUGAGAGCAAGACCAAGCUCUCGUUUAAGGUACCCUUUGUCCCCAUACUUCCCGUCUUGAGCAUCUUUGUGAACGUCUAUCUCAUGAUGCAGCUGGAUCAGGGCACAUGGGUCCGGUUUGCAGUGUGGAUGCUGAUAGGCUUCACCAUCUACUUCGGUUAUGGGCUGUGGCAUAGCGAAGAGGCGUCCCUGGCUGCUGGCCAGGCAAGGACUCCGGACAGCAACUUGGACCAGUGCAAAUGACGUGAAGCCUCACCCCCCGAGGUGGCAGCGGUUGAGGGGUGCCCAUAAAGGCCCCGGGACCUUCCCACUCUCUCCACCCACGCCACAGGAUCCGCUCACAUCCCCGAGGUCACCGAAGGUGCUGUGAGCUGGACUGGAGCCUCAGCCACAGCUGCCAUAACCUGGCCGGACAGCCCUGCAGCCAGCUCAUGGGGUCCUGGUCACUUCCGGACAGCUCCCUGGUCUCAUUUCUCUCUGCCAGCUCGGCCCUUUGCUGUUGCUGCUGUCCCAGCAGAAGGAAGCCCCCCCUCCCCCACUUCUCCUCUUACUCGGGAAGCAGGCCUCCCUUCCCGGUACCACCCUGGUAUUGCUGAUGUACACACUCCAGAUCCUGAGCGAGCAUCUCUCUGUCAGCCCAGGUCAGGACGGCGGCCUCCCGCCCACAAGAUGCAAGACUAGCCCUGUGAGACCGCAUGUCCCCGGGCAGUGCUGCCCACUUGCCGAUCAACCGCAGAGUACCCAACGAGGAGGAACUGAUCUCAGCUUACUACUUCCGGCCUGGGGUCCACACGCCCUUUCCCAGCCUCUGUGACACUGUGACCGACCCCAGCAUGGCAUGGGCCAUUCGUCGUGAGCAUAGAAGAUGGGCGGUCCUUAGAGGGAUUGGUGGUGUCGAGGUGGGAAGGCCAGCUCUGCUCACAUGGACCAGAGGACAGUCUCUAGUCCCAUCCCAGGCAGGCCUGCAUCGGCUUCUGCUGCUCUUGGCCUCCGCCCUCACUGUCCUGAGUCAUGGAACGUGAGGUCGUAUUAUUAGGAUUGAGUCAGGCUCUUGGGUCUUCUAAGGUUCUUCAGACAGGUGUUGGCUCAGUGUCCCGAGGCUGUGGCGCUUUCCUGGCCUCUGAUGUGAUCCGUGUGGCCUCUUACAUCUGAGGAGUGCUGUGGAGUCCUCCUGUUGCUUGCUGUGAAUCGCUCCACCAGAUUAGGUUGGGGCUUAAUGUUACCUUGGAAAAUAGCCAAAUAAUUGCCGAGUGCCAUCAGCUUGUGGCUCACGGCGUGAGGUCUGCACAUGACGUGGCUUGGGGUCCUGCUGCUCUUCCUCUUGUAGUCUCUCUUCCUCUUGUAGUCUCUGUCUUCCGCGUGCUGUGGUGGCUUUGCCUGCUGCUGGUGCUGAGAUUUCCUUAGGCUCCCUGCGUAAUGCCUGCCCCUCGGCUCUCUGGGUGGGGCAUCAGGGCCUGCGCUCUUUCCCUUACUCUAUGUAGACAAACCAAGGAUGAUAAGAUGGCUGGUGAAUUCUCAUUUUAGAGCCAUUCAGAGCCAGCCCCCUCCCCGACGCUGGGGUGGGGAAGGCCAGUGUCUUAGGCCAAUGUAGAUGAUGAUGUUUUGACCCAGCUUCCUUUCCUCUCUGGCCCUUGGCAGGAGUCUGGUGGAAACAGGCUGGGCAAACCGAUGGCGCUGUCCUCCCCGCUGUUCUAGAAGGUUCUUGGAAAUACAGGAUGGCAUGUAGCAUGUGCAGGGUGUCAGGCUCCAUCCCCAGAACCACAGAAAAUUAGGGAACCAGUGAAACAGCCUGAAGGCUAGGUCAGCUAGCGGAGGGCAUCUGGGCGGCCAAUCCAGGCCUCUGUGCCAGGCCCUGACCACCUUCCGGGUGCUUUGUCUCACAGGCUGUCCGAGAAUAUUCCAAAGGGAGUAUUGUAAGACCCUAAAGGUUGAGUUUCCAAAGAAAGGUAUUUAAAUUUAUGUAGAUUGGUGCUGUGAAAUAUUUUGAUAACUAUUAACUUAUUUUGUUCAGGUCUUGACUAUCUGUUGUCUUCUGAGGGCCUGUUAAAUAUUUGUCUGAUUUUCUUUUCCUUGUUAUUUUUCUACGUAGACAAAGGAGAAGGGAGAACCCAGUGAGGCAUUGGGAGAAUUCUGCUCACUUUAUUUUCUUUCUUUGGUUUCUCUUUCGGGAUAAGGUUUCACUCGGUAGCUCACCUGGACUUUGGUGUUGUAGCCCAGGCUAGCCUCUGCCUCGGCCUCCUGAGUACUAGAGUCUAGGUAGGAACCACCACUCCUUCUCUGUUACUGCCUUCUGGAUGGACCCCUCUGUCUGCGGCAGCCUCGCAGUCUUGACAGCUGACAGUUCAGCGGCCCACAGCCCGCCAGCAGCGGGAAGGUGUAUUCAGGGGUCUGACCCGCCACCGCCAUCUCUCCUGACGGUGGCAGACACAGGAGCACCCACAGGCCCUGGUUGUAGGGGGCAGGCACCCUGUCCCCACUUCCGAGUCAGGAUGACCUGCAUAAUAAGUUGACUGGCCACAGAAUGGCACGCUCCUGGAGUGAGCCUCUAAUACGAUUUUUGUCCCAUUGCAGUUCUUCCUCCUGAAAUACACAAGCCAAAAACCAAAACAACACACACUAACAAAAAUCAAAACCUGACAGUGUCCCAUCUCUUAGCCUCCUACCCACAGGAGGGUCUCAUUCUGUUGCCCAGCUUGGCCAGUAUUUCCUACCUAGUUGGGACUUGGACAUUUUUCUAAAGACACAUUCCAUGCCUCGUUUAUCUCCGACUAGAGUAUUCACAUUGGAAAGACCCGUUUUUCCGUGAGUUUGUGCCCUUCCUGUCUCUGGGUCGAAGUUCAUGAAGAAGCCAAUCCCCAGGGAGCUCUGUUUAGGAAUGGGUACAAGAUGUCUCCGCCUUCCAGAAGGUGGCCCUGGUGGGGGAGGGGGAUGCUGUUUAUAGAGACACUGGGCCCCCAUGUAUAUGCGUGGAAGCAUGCGUACACACCAUGCCCAUACCCCAUCCCUGCCCACACUGUACAGCCAGGCAUUGGUGGGUUUACCUUGCAAACAAGGAAAAAGUAGAGGCCUGUCGUCCCGGGCGGUUCUCUGGGAGAUUGCAGGGUUUGUGCUGUUCUGGCUGCUCACGGUUUGCUUUUAUAGUGGCAGUGGCCCAUCAUCUCACAUCUCCAUCUGACAGCCAUCCUGUCCCCCCUGUGCUGACGAGGUGGUCUGGACACCAUGUGCCACCCACCUGCCCUUAGUGACCUGCACGUUUGGCCCAACCGGUGUGUGCACCCCACCCCACCCCACCCUGUCUGUUGCCUGCUGCUUUUCAUGCACAGGGCUGAGAAACAUCAGUGGGCAUGUGGGUGCCUUGCCCCCUGACCCCAGGCAGACAUUCUGAAUUGGCUAGUGUUUACAUCCCCUCUAGAGAGGAACUCAUCGAACACUGGAUGAAGCUCGGAAACAGCAGUGUGAGAACCCGGAUUCCUGGGAUAAGCGUGGGCAGGCGCUGCUGGCCUGUGUACCUACCUACAAUGCAAACAUGCCUGGCUCUCACCAGGGCCCAUCCUUUCUGACUUGAAUGUCCCAUGUCUCCACAGACACUUACAUCUUUCUAAUAAGAGCUCACUGUUGGCACCCAAGCACUAAGGAAUGUUGGGGGGGGGUCUAAGUGCCAGGGUGCCCAUCCCUUGGGCGUGUUGGUAGGUGGUGGGAAAAGGGAGUUUGAGUCCACGUCUGGUUGAGCUCCUCGCGAAGGGAAUCGCUGGACAGAGGAUACAUGAUGCGUGGAACUGUUACGGAAUUCAAAUCCAGAACUGAAUGUAUGUUAUGUACAGUUAUUUUAUGUAACUCAGACCUUCUGUUUGCUAUCGUAAUGAGAAGAUUCUAAGUAAGGCUCCUUGGAGGAGAGCACGCUGUCCAUCUUGUUAGGCUUGUUUGGGGUCAUGAAAUGCUUUAUUGACACAGUGUAUGGAUACAACUCGCUACACUCCUGAGGCCAAUUUGGUCGUGAUGGAUUUUAUUUUUAAGGCAAAAAAAAAAAAAUUCCCAGCUGGGGUUCACCUCCCUCACUCUAAUCCGGUCUUUUUGUACCCACUGCUCUAUUGAGCUGGGAAUGUGGUGUGGCCAAGGGUCUUGGGACAUAGUGACCAAGGAACCCUCCUGGACCAUUCUGUUACAUGUACUGAAUGGCUGACGAAAGAGCCCCCGGGGGAGAGGAAAGAUCACAUCCAGACAUCUUCUCAGGGCGCUGGAAUGCCCAGCAGGGCCAGGAAGCAAGGUUUAGGAAGACAUAUAUGGACUAAUUUAUUGACAAGGGUUACCUUUGUGUUCCUUGUCAAGCUUUUUGAGUUUGGGACUUAUUUUCCCAUUUGAGAAAUUAUAAUAUAUAUAUGUAUUUAAGAUAUUUCCUGCUUCAUUUGUGCCUUGCAGCCUCAAUGGGUUAUGGAUCACAAAGGGUGAUGAUACUGAUGAGGGUUGGUUUAUUAUCAAACCUGAAUAGUCGUGGUUUCUCCGGGACAAUUUUUUUUCCUUCUACUGAACAUGGAGCCAUUAUUAAAAGAGUUAUGUGUGGUUUUUCAUUAUGUAAAUUGUAUAUAUUUUUUUGCUUGUUUGAGGUUCUAUUUUUCUAACAGUCUUGCAGUUUCUUAUAAUGGUGACAUUAGGUUAAGACUGAUGCUAACUGUAAAUCAAGCUGGUCUCUGCUGGAUUCCCGUGGUUUAAUUAUAUUUUAUUUUAAGGCCAAGUGCAGGUGUCAUCCAUCGCCCUUUCUUAAAAAUGUGAAACUUAUGUUCCCCCUUGUUGCUGAAUACAUUGUACACUGGUGACCCCCCUCCCAUAGAUCUGUGUCAUAAAAUCAAAGCUAUUUUGUGGUACAUUAUCUCAUGCUUCUGCAGAUGCUAAUAAAUCCUGUCUGGCUUCCACACACA